AUGCUCAAACGACAGCGUCCUCCAACGCCUCCGCCAUCGCUAGACGAAAUUCCAUCGUUAGCGCCAUUUCCCGAUCGACCUAUCAAACCCGUACCACACCGUGAAACUCCUCCAGACAUGUUUUCACAUGAGUCGCGUGCUAAAAGACGCAGAAUACACCCUCCAGUGCUAGACGGUGCACAGAGAGGUUGGUAUAAACCACCUACUUCGUCAGUGCCUCUCGCAGAUGAUAGCGAUGGCGAAGAAGAUUGGAUAGAUGACGAGGAUGACGCGGCAACUAGCCACCUCACCGCAUCACCGGACUACAUAGACUACAAGCGCACUAACACUAUGCUACACGAAGUGCAUGCUCUUCACCAGCACAGGCUCAUGUUCUUCCAACCGAACUCACAACCACCGUCACAUCUAUAUUUGUCUCCGCACGCAGGCUUAUCUGCCCCUCCACCGCCUAUGGCCACCCAUCCACAUAUUUUGCAUUCCGCUCACGGACUUUGGCAUCCUUCUUCUUUUUCCUCCAAUGGGAAAUCAUAUAUACCAACAUUGCCCGAAUGCCCUUUACCUGAAAUCUAUUCCCGUCUCCCACAUGCGGCAGAAGCUCCUACUGAAUCGGCUGCGCACACCCCAUUGGACGUUCACGAGGUCAAGUCUGUGCGAGAACGGUACGAGGAUGCCAAUAAAUUAUUGGGAUCAUUGUUCCUCUCGCGAAGACGGGAACUUCAGGAGGGCCCCAAUUCCAGUACUCCUGUCACAGAGCAAGGCCACAGUGACCACCGGAACUUGCUAUGA